AACUGUUUUCGCCACACGAUUUUUUCAAACAGUAAACAAUAAAAUCACUUUGCCUUUAUACAUCGACAGUGUAAUAUUUCGAGUUCAGUUUUUAAUUAUAAGUAAUGUGCUGUACAAAUUAAAUAUACAAAUAAAUACACAAUGUUUGUUUAUAACAUUUUAUAUCUGAUAUUCCUCUUGAUGACCAUCACCUGCUGCCAGUGCUACGUGAAUUACGAGCAGUUCAAUGGUUUUGAUGGCAUCCAUAAUGUGAGUAAUACAAGUAUUUCAAAAUGGCAGCCAAAGAUAGUGGAAGGAGCUGUAGAAAAUACCAACCAAUUAGAAAAUUCGUCUAGCAUUGAAUUCACAAUCCAAUCAAAAAUACCAAAGAAGACAAAAUUCCACGUGAAGGAACUGGUACAGAAAUGUUCGAUGAACAAAAGCGAACGGCCGAUGAGCAUCGGGCCUUACGUGAUACCGACACAACUGGACCUGGUGCUCUUCACACAGAGGACUCUACUCAAGAUGUUCCGCAGUUACCAUGAAAAGACUCUGCUCUUACUCAAGGAUAUUAAGGAGGCUACCAGAGCGACGGUGGCGGUGGAGAAGAAAUGCCACGGUAAAGGCAAGGCGUCGUACAAGGAUUGUGUGAAGCAAGUCAACAGGAAAUGUGUCACCAUCACCAAGGACCUGGGGCAGUCUCUGGAGCGACAGCAGGCCCAAGUCAUAGCUUUGACAAAGGACACGAUAUGCAACAUGACAUCUAUGGAAACAGACCCUAUUGAAUUAAUUAAAGUCCUAGCUAUGGACGAAGCGUCAUUAGAAUUUGCAUUACCCGCCUUUUUGAGACUACUUGGCGGGUGUAGUGUUUAUUGUACUAAAGAUCCUCUACCAGACCACCGUCCUAGACUGCGACAACUGACGGAUCAAGAUCUAGUAGUUAGACAUUUUCUUACGAGAAAAAAUUACGUACAACUUUUAAAGGACACCCAUAAGUAUGUGUAAGGAUAAAAGAAUGCAGCGUUGGUAAACUGGAUGCAUUCCGAGCAUUCAUUGCCAAUGAACGCACCCGCUACGAUCGAUCGAGCUUUGUUCUACUACGCGUGCCAUACGCUAGAUGUCGCUAGGAUCAAUGAACUUUUGACGUGAACUUGAUUGAAACUUAGGAAUAACUUAACCAAAAUAUUCUAAGCUUUUUAUGUGAUGUGAAUAGUGAUAACCGUGGGAAUAUAUUAAUAAAUAACAACGUUUAUAGUACAAUGCGUGAGAAAUGCA